AUGGCGACUUGGCGGCAACGAUGCCGGUACACGAUAGCGGUUAGGCGAAAUGACACAUACCUUGCUAAGCUUUUAAUUGAAAGGGGCGCUGACGUGAAUAAUGCGGUGCGUGAAGAUAGUUCUUCUUGUGUCGAUCAACCAUUACAUGUUGCUAUUCGCAGAAGUUACGAAGAAAUGGUUGAGCUGCUUCUAAAAAAUAAUGCCGACCCUAAUAUUGAUAUGGAAUUAAAUCGAAAACCACUUAUGGUUGCUACUCGCGAAAAUCGCUUAAGAAUGAUGAAGCACCUUAUUGCGUAUGUUGCGAAUGUUAACGAUUUUUCUGGAGAUGAAUUUAUGAAAUUGACUUGUCUUCAUGUUGCCGUCAAUGGCGAUUACUGCGAAGCAGUUGAAUUAUUGUUGAAAGAGAUUACAAUUGAUGUAAAUCUAACGACUGUGGAUGGAAGUUCAGCCCUUCAUAUCGCACUUCAAAGAAUCAGCCAAAAUCCUACUGUCAUACAACAUCUUCUUGAUGCUGAUGUUGAAAUUAAUUUAAAAAACUAUCGCGGUAGAACAGCAUUUGAUUCAAUAUAUUUCAUUUCACAAGCAGUUAGAGAGAUAUCAAAAGAGCAGAUUGUAAAGCUUAGUGCGGCCUCUUUUUGUGUGAGUGCAAAAAAUUUAGCACUAAUAGAGAACAGCAAAGAAUUUAGUGAAGUGCGUAAUGAGUGUAUGGAAGAAAUUAAAAAUAUGAAAAAAAAAGAUUGGUAG